AUGACCAAGGGCAAAAAAGUCACUGUUUCACACAGUAAAUCCGCUGGAUUGAGCCCGUUGACUGGACUACAUCAACACCACCAACCUCUUUUCUUCAAAUCCAUCCCUCAGAACACAUUCAAAAUGCCUAAGGCUGCUGCCUCCGGAAAGCGUGGUGCUAGAACCACCAAGCGUGCCAAGAAGGACCCCAACGCCCCCAAGCGUGGUCUCUCCGCCUACAUGUUCUUCGCCAACGAGCAGCGUGAGAACGUCCGUGAGGAGAACCCUGGUAUCUCUUUCGGUCAGGUCGGCAAGCUCCUCGGUGAGCGAUGGAAGGCUCUCAACGAGAAGCAGCGUGCUCCUUACGAGGCCAAGGCCGCUGCCGACAAGAAGCGAUACGAGGAUGAGAAGCAGGCUUACAACGCCGACCAGGAGGAGGAAGAGUCUUCCUAG